ACUUCUGAUAACUGAAUACCACUGAAAACAUAUCUGAAACUGAAAUUGAAUUUGUAAACCUGUUUGCAGUGUGUGUUGUUAAAUAAUUAUUUAAUUAGUUAAAGAUAAUAAUGUUGCAUCCUGUAAUGCAUAUAUUAAAACAGAAAAAUAUUGUCUUAGCAAGUGGUUCUCCAAGACGAAAAGAACUCGUCGAAAACAUAGGUCUGAAAGUAAGCCUGUGUCCGUCACUAUUUGAGGAAAACUUGGAUCCUAAAAGUUAUAAUAGUUUCUCAGAAUUUGUUGAAGAAACAGCCUUGCAGAAAGUUCUUGAAGUUGACGAUAGGUUAAAGAAACAGGGCCACAAACCAGAUGUUGUUAUUGGUGCUGAUACAAUGGUGACUUUGGAUGGUGAAUUAUUUGGUAAACCUACUUCUGAGAAGGAAGCAUUUGAAAUGUUGACAAGGCUAUCAGGCAGAUCUCAUACUGUAUAUACAGGUGUAGUGGUAAAGUCAUUUGAAAAAGUUGUUAAGUUUACUGAAAAGACUAAUGUUGUGUUUGGUAAAAUGGAUAAAGAGCAGAUCCUAGGUUACAUAUCUACCGGAGAACCCAUGUAAGUAAUUAAUUUGGCUCAAUUUGCUGUAACAAAAGCAUAAGAAAAGAAAAUAAACCAUACCUUAAGUCAUACUAAUUUUACAGAGUGAGUCUUUUCUAAUGGUGUGGUAGCUUAAGGGUUUUUUAUGGAGGAGGAGGCAAACAAGUAUACAGCUCACCUGACGGUAAGUGAUCACCGUUACGUUAGGCAAAGUGGCAGAUUGUACUCUUCCGUCUUCUGUACAAUUUGCCGAAGGGUAUGUAUGUGGUCUAGGUACUAAAGCCUUUUCGGAUACAAGCAUGUUCGGGAAGCUGGAAGUCGUCGAGUUUGCGUGCGAGACGAUUCGUAAUUACUCUUGAAAACAGCACAUAGGCGCGGCUAGAAGGGAAAUCGGUCUGUAGUUCUUCAAAAGAGCGUUGUCGCCUUGAAGAACAAGACCACACUUCUGCUCCAGGCCUUCGGAGUAGUGCCACUAUGGAGGACGAAAUUAAAGAGCUUCUGAAGAACUUUAAGUACCGGUUUUCCACCCGCGUUCAGAUGCUCCGCUGUAAUUCCAACCUCGUCUGGGGCCUUGCCAUUUUUAAGGUGCUGCAGAGCCAUUCUAAUCUUCCUCAGACUGAUGUCCGGCAUAUCAUCGGAAUAGUAUUGAAUAAGACUUGCUCUUGGAUUGUUACUUACACUUGUGUUACGGACAGCGAGAGACCCGCCGCCCCGUCGCCCCGUCGCCCCUUCGUUCCCCGUUACGUCCCGCGCACCCCGCACGCCGGCGCUGAUCACGCGAUAUCGGGCAACCAAUCAGCGCGCGUGCGGCGAAAAUUGCCAUCGGGCGGCUAACCCCACGAAAUGAAGCGCUCUCAUCGGAAAUAUAAGAAGGGCGCCUCGGACGGUCGUUGUUCAUUCGGGUUCAUUCGGAUUAUUCAGAAGCAUUCAUUCGGAAGCGGCAAGGAAGAAUCAAGACAGAAGACUCCAUACUGAAGACCUCCCUUUUGUAUAGUGAUUUAGUUAAUAGUGCCGAACCCCUUGUAAAUAGUGAAUAUAGUAUAAUUAAAAGUACCAUCUUUUCUUCGAGCAGUCCCCUAGUAUAGCUAACCUCACACCGCCAGUUAAAGUAUAAAUACAGUCCACUGCUCUCCAUCCACUUUAUCUUGGUCCAUCGUCGCCGGAUAGCAGCCAGAAGAAGGAAGAAGGAAGAAAGAAGUAAGAAGAAACAAGAAAGAAGGCAGUUAUAGAAGAAAGAACAUAAUUACAGAAGAGAGAAGAUUAUUAUAGAAGAUCUUCAAGGAAGAAAGAAGUUCGUCGACGAAGAGAGAAGAUCGUCGGUACUAAUUUCUUCCCUGUUUCUUGUUACGCCUACGUCAUACGCGUCUAUUGUCUGUUUCCAGACAAUUUCUUGUUUCUUAACCGCGUUUACGCGGCCAGUGGUCACUCCCUAACGGUGCCAAACUGUGACCAUCUGGUAACGCCCUUGUGGCGGGAACGACAUCCAUACGUGUGUCUUUUUAAAGACUGUACGUACGUCUUUUUGAAGACGACCGGAGGUCGCAACGUGGGACCAUGAGGAAGACACGAAGCCAGAAGACACGGAACGAUGAUGACACGCCGGUAGGAAUGCGCAUAUUCGAAGAAGCACCCGCGUCCCCGUCCGAUUAUCUCGCGAUGGCACAAGCGCCCUCCGCCGCGCCCGCGCUCCAGGCCCCGCCCGCGCCCGCAUCUACGCCCGCGCCCGCGCCCCCGCCGCCGCGCCCCGCUAUGUCCGUGUCCACGACCGAUCGUUUGGGAGAGGUUAGCAUUUCCGCGCCGCGUACAGAGACACUCGCCGCGAUUAUAGAAGAUCUUCCGUCUACAGAGAUUAGUUCGAUAGUACGUACCGUCGCGCCUAUAACAGACGUACAUAGGCCCGCGCCCCGCGCCCCGUCGGUUCGCUCCGUUCGUUCAGCCCGGUCGACGGCUAGUGCGAUAGCUAAAUUAAAGCAAAUUGAAUAUAACGCCGCGGAGGAACUAGCUGCAAUUAGGAGGAAGCAAUUGCAGUUGGAAGAAGAUCUUAUUAGGAAGAAGUACGCUAGGGACGUCGCGCAACUGC